AUGAGAGUAGCUUUAACAAUCAAUAUUUGUACAAGUGAUGGUAUGGUAAAUGGCUCCCAAGGCAUUCUUUGUGAGAUUAUAUAUGACACUGCAUCAUCAAUUGUAAGAAAUAUAAAUAACAAAGGAGAAAAUAUUAUUAUUUUUGACAAACUUCCAAAAUACAUAAUAAUAAAACUCCUAAACCAUAAACCGAACAUAGAUGGAUCAAAUAUAACUCACGAAUUUCAAAGAAAACAAUUACCUAUCACCCUAGCUUUUGUGAUUACAGAAUUCAAGUGUCAGAAAGCAACAUUAGAAAAAGUAAUCAUUGAUCUAGAUGGUGGGAACAAAAGAGCAGGUAUUUAUGUGAUGUUAUUACAAGUACAAAGAAUAAAAGAUCUUAUGAUAUUUCAACCUUUUAAUCUAUUAAAACUUAAUGCGCCUGUGGAUUCUGACCUUAAAAAAAAACUUGAAUGCCUUGAAGAAUGCUCUAAAAUAACUGACCAGCUAAUUACAUGGCCUAACAUUACCCACCCUUUAUAA